AUGGCCAUCUCUGCAGCAGCCCCUGCCCCCGUGUCCUCGACGGGCGCCAAGCGGCAGCUCCCGGGGGCGCCCGUGGGCCGGCCGGUGCUCCAGCUCCGCGCCCCGACCUACAGGCGUCCGAGUCUCGGAUCCGAGUUGAAGAGCCCCCUGAGCGCCAUCUCGCCUCUCAACGCCUCGGUCCUGCGGAGUCCUCUCAGCCCUCUGAGGCAGAUGCGCGUCGACUUCUCCGACCUCGAAAUCGGCUCGCCCAUUGACCCGGUCGAGUUGACUACCUCCGACCAGGUCAUCGUGAGCCCCGCCAGUGCGGCCAAGAGCCCCUUCAGCGCCUUCAAGAGCCCUCUCCGGAACGUGAGCAUCGAUGCCAUCGUGGAUGACCAACCCACCAUCACAGAGACCCUCCCCACGCCUCCCAUUGAGCAGUCAACGGAGCAGAUCGCCCACAAGAUCCUGGACGUCCUCCAGGCCUUUGGACGACACAUCGUCCCCGAGGGCCAGGAGAACCACGAGUGGCUCGGACGCAAGAUGUUCCACGGCCGCGUCGAGGAGUACGUCAAGAAGGGCGAGUCGGUCAAGAUGAUCAUCCCGGCCUUCCCCUGGAAGAGCAUCAACCGUACCGACAAGGUGACGGGCGUUCUGCCUGACCUCGGCGAGGAUCUCGCCCUCGCCCGGCUGAACGAUCUGUGCGUGGAGAUCGGCAAGGUCUACACCCACGGCGCCGAGGUGCACAUUGCCACCGACGGUCUCGUCUUCAAUGACGUCGUCGGCAUCUCUGACGACGAGACGUGGGAGUACGGCGCGACGCUCAUGGACAUGGCGGCCCAGAAGGGCUACGACGGUAUCAAGCUCCUCCGGGUCAUGGACUUCCUCGGCCUCACCAAGGAGGACGAGCCUCUGACCAAGGAGAAGUACAUGGAGCUCGUGGACGAGAGCCGCAAGACGCUCGAGGCGCAGUUCGGCGACCCGGACAAGGACGUCCGCGCGCUGAUGGAGACGGACAACGACACGCUCAUGACGUACCGCGGCUUCAUCCGGUUCCUCGAGACGGACCUGCGCAACAGCCCCGUGGCGGCGCACGCGACGUCGGGCCACAAGUACCGCAAGGUCGUCAAGGAGGUGGCCAUGAAGAUGAUGAUGCGCGCCGAGUCCUUCACCAAGAUCAUCCUCGCGACCUGCCCGGACCACGUCCGCCUGUCGAUCCACCCGUCGAGCGGCGCCGUCAAGCUGUCGAUGCCGCUGCUCGUCGAGAAGCACAACCCGGACGGCUUCCCGCGCACCCCGUGGCACAGCUCCAUCGCCGUCUCGCUCGACGGCGGCUACCGCUCGCUGCACGCCAAGGACGUCCGCGAUACCCACGACCUCGUCAUGCGCGGCGGCCGCCCCUGGUGCUUCCGCGAGAAGUCGGAGCUCUUCGACCUCGGCGAUGACGUCGAGAUCGAGCACCUCUACCCGACGGGCAUCGAGGUCCGCCCCCGCGAGGACCGGGGCGAGGACGUCAAGCUCGACGAGGCGGCGCGCGAGAAGCUCGUGAGGCUCGCCCGCCUGCAGCCCGUCCGGGUCGUCGGCUUCGAGAACGCGCCCGAGUUCGUCGUCGAGGGACAGGAGUGA